GUGCUGACAGUCUGCAGGCUGGAGCAGACACUCAGGUCAGUGGCCGGUGAGAGUGAGUGCACCAUCACAGAGAGCUGAACUCCUGCAUCACGCGCUGAACAAUAGCAAGCUCAUCCUGGCUGCCGCUGCCUCAAGCCUCCCGCACUCAGCCAUGGGUUAGGAAGCUUAGGCAGCCCAGCAUUGACAGAACACAAGGGGCAGGGCACGCAGCUGUAUCCCAAGCCUUUCCCCCAGCGAGCAAGCAUGGGCUGCCGACGCUGAUCCAUCGGGGAGGACAGCAAGACAAAAGGGGACGUCGGGGUGGGGGGGGGUUGAUUGGAAGCCGAGCCUCAGCUGCAUUGGGGGUCUGCAGGAGAGAUGAUCGCAGAGGUGCUGAGCAGCGCCCUGGGGCUCGUCCUGUAUCUCAACACGCUGGGAGCCGACUUCUGCUAUGAUGACAGCCGAGCCAUCAAGACAAACCAGGACCUCCUUCCUGAAACUCCAUGGACCCAUAUUUUCUUCAAUGAUUUCUGGGGAACCUUACUUACGCACAGUGGCAGCCAUAAGUCUUAUCGUCCUCUAUGCACUCUUUCUUUUCGCCUUAACUAUAUAUUUGGAGGUUUGGAACCCUGGAGCUACCACCUUGUGAACAUUUUAUUGCACUCUGCAGUGACGGGUCUCUUCACGAACCUUUGUAAAGUACUGUUUGGCAGUGGAUACUGGACUCUCUUUGCAGGAUUUUUAUUUGCUUCUCAUCCGAUACAUACAGAAGCUGUGGCAGGAAUUGUUGGACGGGCUGAUGUGGGAGCAGGACUGUUUUUUCUACUUUCGUUACUUUGUUACAUGAAGCAUUGUUCAACACGAGGGUACUCGGUCAGCAGCUGGUGCUGGAUUUUUUUUGCAGGUGUAUGCGCAACUUGCAGCAUGCUGUGGAAGGAGCAGGGCAUCACUGUAUUAGCAAUUUCGGUGGUGUACGAUAUUUUUGUGUUCCACAAAUUAAAAAUGAAUGAGAUUAUUCCUGCUGUAAAGAGGAAGAAUGUUUCUUUCUUCUCCAGUAUUGGAUUGCUUGUUGUCUGGGGCAUCGUGUUGCUGGGCGCUCGCUUUUACUGGAUGGGUAAUAGGCCGCCAAGUUUCUCGAACUCCGACAACCCAGCUGCGGACUGUGAAAUUCUGCUCACACGUACUUUGACCUUCCUACAUUUGCCAACCAAGAACCUGUGGCUGCUUUUUUGCCCUGACACACUCAGCUUUGAUUGGUCGAUGGAUGCUGUGCCUCUCAUUAAAACAGUCAUUGACUGGAGAAACAUACACACUGUGGCCUUUUACAUUUUACUCUUCCUCCUUGCCUAUUCGAGUCUGAAGAGCCCCACUACAAAGAGAGAAUGCAAUGGGAAACUAGUUAUGAAUGGCAAGCAGAAUACUAAUGGCCAUAGCUGUCAAUCAGAACUAGAAUACAAGAACUCAGAGCCAAGACCUGCUAUUGUCUCAAAACUUGAAAAUGGUGUAAAAAACCAUAUUGCCCAUGGGUUGCAACUUCCUUCAACAGAAAAUGUUGUUGUUUUAGCUUUAUCCUUGUUGAUAGUUCCCUUUGUGCCCGCUAGUAAUCUAUUUUUCUAUGUUGGCUUUGUGAUUGCAGAGCGUGUAUUAUAUAUACCCAGUAUGGGUUUUUGUUUACUAAUAACCGCGGGACUCCGAGCCCUUUCUAUUAAGGCUCAAAAAAACUUUUUUAAGAGCCUCAUUUUUUAUGUCGCCACUGCUUUAAUCGUUUUUUACGGGCUGAAGACUGUUGUCAGAAAUGAGGAUUGGAAGAAUGAAGAGAUGCUUUAUAAAUCAGGAAUACAAGUCAAUCCAGCAAAAGCGUGGGGAAAUCUUGGGAAUGUACUGAAGAGCCAGGGCAAGAUUUCAGAAGCUGAAACGGCUUAUAGAAAUGCCCUGUAUUAUCGCAGCAACAUGGCUGAUAUGCUGUAUAAUUUAGGCUUGUUGCUUCAGGAAAACAACAAGUUUUCAGAGGCCCUGCAUUACUACAGUCUGGCAAUUGGUAGCAGGCCUACACUAGCUUCGGCAUACUUGAAUACAGGUAUCAUUCUUAUGAAUCAGGGAAGAACAGAGGAGGCCAGAAAGACUUUUAUUAAGUGCUCAGAGAUUCCAGAUGAAAAUUUGAAAGAUCCGAAUGCUCAUAAGAGUUCUGUGACCAGUUGCCUUUAUAACUUGGGGAAGCUACUCCAUGAGCAAGGGCAGUAUGAAGAUGCUCUUGUUGUAUAUAAAGAAGCAAUACAGAAAAUGCCUAGGCAGUUUGCUCCACAGAGCUUAUACAACAUGAUGGGAGAAGCCUACAUGAGGUUAAACAAGGUGUAUGAAGCAGAGCACUGGUAUGUGGAGUCAUUGAGAUCAAAGCCGGACCAUAUUCCAGCACAUCUCACAUACGGAAAGCUUCUAGCCCUAACGGGUCGUAAAAGUGAAGCAGAACGGUACUUCCUGAAGGCCAUUCAGCUGGACCCCACCAAAGGAAACUGUUAUAUGCAUUAUGGCCAGUUCUUGCUAGAAGAGGCCCGCCUAUUAGAAGCUGCACAGAUGGCCAAGAAGGCUGCAGAACUUGACAGCACUGAAUUUGAUGUGGUUUUCAAUGCAGCACAUAUGCUAAGGCAAGCCAGCCUCAAUGAAGCAGCAGAAACCUAUUACAAAAAAGCAGCUGGGUUAAGACCAAAUUACCCUGCUGCCUUAAUGAAUCUUGGAGCCAUCCUUCAUCUGAACGGUAAAUUAGAAGAGGCAGAGGCAAACUAUCUCCGGGCACUUCAGUUUAAACCAGACGAUGUGAUCACACAGUCAAACCUUCGCAAGUUGUGGAAUAUCAUGGAAAAGCAGGGCCUAAAGACUUCCAAAACGUGACACAAGCAGACCAGAGACUUUUUUUUUCAUCAAAUGUCAGAUUCUAAAAUAGGGCAUGCAGGAAACUGAAUGUUAACAGCUGGGAGCUAGUGUUCCUGCUAGUGUCUUGAGUGUUUAAGUGCUGCUGUGACUGGUUUCUGCUUUUUGCAUUGUAGUGUUUCACGUUAAAAGGGAAAUGAUGAAGGAUGAUAGGAAAUCUCCAAAAGGGAUUAGGAUGCGCUUGCAUUAGCCCGGGUAAAGAAUGGCACUUAAUGAGAUCUGUCUGUGCACAUUGCAACAUAACCAGUAGUGCGUAUCUCUCAGAUAGGCUGACAUAGAUUACAGCCUCUAAAUCUGUAAAACUGAACAAAGUUAGUUAAAUAACCAUUUUUUAUUCUCACUAAAUCAAUGAUUUUAACCUCUAUUUCAGAGCUAAUAAACAAAAAUAAUUGCUAAUUGCAUCUGUCAAAAUGCAGCUCUGUUAUACCGAACAAAAUAUUUUCUUUCUACUGAAUUAAAAAGAUGGCAUUAUAGCAAGAAUGCCGUUGAUCAGUUAAUGAUAAAACCUAAGGUAUGAAGUUGCUGAAGAUCUAAGUAUAUGCAUAUUUGUACGUUUAGAUACCCCCAAGUGCCCCUCUCGGGAUCCACCUCCCUCUUACCCUAAUGCCCCUCAUUUCUAGGAUUAAAAAUGUUUCCUGGGUGUGAGUGUAUCAAAGUGAUUGAUAGCCCUAAUAGUCACAAUAAUGUGUACAGAAACAGCAGGAAAUGAGUUUAUAAAUAAUGUUGUGUAAAUAAAAUACUUUAUAAUUCUAAA